UGUGUGGUUUUGUGCGGGAGGGGCUUACGUGGAGGGCGAGUUUGUGUGGCUGUUGUGGUUCGUGACCCUGUGCCAUGCUGGAUGUCCCUGUGGGAAGGGCUUCCAAGCACUUGCCUGAGGAAGCGAACAAUGUGCGUGUGGUUGUGUUUGUGCGCAAGUAUAACAAGUGUCCCCAAACCAGGUGGCCACACUGUGCUGAGUCCGCGUGGCUGCGUUCAUCUUUCGGAUCUCAGGCCUCCACCAGGAGAGGUCCUUUGCCGAGGAGGGCAUGGUUCCCGGGCUUGUGACUGUGAGGCCCCAGGAGCUAAUUGCGUUCCAGGAUGUGGCGAUAGACUUCUCCCAGGAGGAGUGGGGGCAGCUGAGUCCUGGCCAGAAGGUGCUGUACUGGGACGUCAUGCUGGAAAACUACAGGAACCUGAUCUCACUGGGAAUUUGCAGUUUUGAAAACUUUAUUUCAGACUGGGGCACUGGGUCUGACAACAGGAUACCUUCAAAGCAUAACAUCUCUGAAGAGUCACCUCAAAAGAAGGGACAUCGGGACAUGAACUUCAUAAAGGCCUGCAGAGAGAACAGCCUCUCUGAGAUGCCCAUCCUGGUGGAAUCUCUGAGCAGCUUCACAGAGAAGAAAGGCUAUGGAUGUCCUGAAUGUGGGAGAGCCUUCAGCUCCAAGUCCUUCCUUACUCAGCACUGGCAGAUCCACACAGGGGAGAGACCCUAUGAAUGCAGUGAGUGCAUGAGGGCCUUCAGCCAGAGGGCAAACCUUACUCAGCAUCAAAGAAUUCAUUCUGGAGAGAAACCAUACAAGUGUGAGGACUGUGACAAAGCUUUCAGGAUUCACACUGGCGAGAAACCCUAUCAGUGCAAUGAGUGUGGGAAGGCCUUUAGUGAUCAGUCUUUCUUCAGCCAGCACCGGAGGAUCCACAGUGGGAAGAAACCUUACCAAUGCAGUGAAUGUGGAAAGGCCUUUAGCUGGGCCUCAUCCCUUAAUCUCCACCAGAGAACUCAUACAAGUGAGAACCCCUAUAAGUGUCCCGACUGCAGGAAACCUUUCCAGUACAGGUCCUCCCUCAUCAAGCACCGGAAAACCCACACAGGAGAGAAACCCUACAAAUGCAGUGACUAUGAGAAGACUUUCCGCUACAGCUCCUCCCUCAGCCUCCAUCAGAGAACUCACACUGGGGAGAGUCCCUACACGUGUAAGCAGUGCGGGGACGCCUUCAGGUACCACUCCUCCCUGACCAAGCACCAGUGGACCCACAAAAUCAAGACACCCCAUGAGUGUAAGGAAUGUCUAAAAGCCUUUAGUUGUGAUUCAUCCCUUAAAGUACAUCAGAGGAUCCAUACCAGGGAGAAAUCCUACGCAUACAGUGAGGGUGAGGAAGACCAUUGUGGCAACUGA